AUGGCCGACGCUUUCCCGAAGCUUACGCUGAGUAGCGAAGCUUAGGCACAGCCGGGUCUCUCUUGGUAGGAAGUGCGGGCGGCUACGGGAGGGUCGAGUUGAACAGAGCCGCUGGGGAGGCUCCGCCCCUUCUCCUGAUUUGAGAUUGGGGUGAGUGUGGAGCGAAGCGGAGCAGGAUCGAGGUGAGGCUUUGGUAUCCGUAUGCAGGUAUCAGAACGUGAUGGUGGAGUGUCCACAGGGAAUGGAUUAGACAGUGCCACAGCAUCUGAUGCCCAGCAAGUUUCGCCCUCUCAACCUAAGCCUCCUUCCUUGGACCUCUUUAAUCUGGUGGUAUCCUAUAAGCAACUAGAGCUGUACCUGGAACCACUGCAGGAUGUUGCUGAAGGAGUGUGGUUCCUCCUCAGCUGGCAGAUGCCCUUCUGCUCUCUCCUUACUUGUUUGGGCCUCAACUUUCUGCUGCUUACUCUGAGUGAAGCUGCUUGGUAUGGGCUGUGUGCCCUGCUAAUCUCAGUGCCUGCCAUGCUCGGCUAUCUACAGGAAACAUGCCGCAUCCGUCUUACUGAAGAGCAGCUGGCACGCCGUAGGUAUCACAGUGUGCGGCGAGAAGAUGUGAGAAAAGUUCAACUUUCUCGAAAUGAGGCUGUGGCUGAAGUUAAGGGCUUCCUGAUCCGAUUAGAAGCGCUCCUGAACAGGCUCUGUGGUGGCUGUGAAGCAGUUUACCGUGUCUUCUUCUGGGAGAACUCUACUGUCUCGUCCCAGUUUUAUGGGAUGCUGAUGGGUUCAGUUUGUGCCCUUUACCUGCUGCCCCUCUGUUGGAUCUUUGUUCUUCUUAAUAGUGCCCUUUUCUUGGGCAAUGGGGCAUUUUAUCAAGUGAUGCUGGACCUAAAAUCAGCUGUAGAGCAGCGCUUGGGUUUCAAAUCCAUCCCUGUGGCUCCAGAGCCUGAAGAGCUGGAUCUUGGAGAAGUGGAAGCUACUGUCUUGUCAGAUUGGACACCUACCCUGACUGGGACUGAGGACCUAACUCCUGGCAGUGUGGAGGAAGCAGAGGAAGCAGAACCUGAUGAUGAAUUUAAGGAUGCAAUUGAGGAGACUCAGCUGCUUGUAAUGGAGGAAGAUGACAUCUCUCAGGGUUCAGGAGAGUUUGACCUUGGCCUUCCUGACAGUCCCUUUAUGAGCAAGAAUGAAGUGAUUCGUAGCAGGGUGUCACGGUUGACAGAACGACUGCGCAAACGCUAUCCAACCAACAACCUUGGAAACUGUGCAAGUUGUUCUGCCACUUUCUCUGUCUUGAAGAAGAGGCGAAGCUGCAGUAACUGUGGGAACAGUUUUUGCUCCAGGUGCUGUUCUUUCAAAAUUCCCAAGAGCUACAUGGGGGCUACAGCUCCAGAUGCCCAGCGGGAGACUGUCUUUGUAUGUGGGCAGUGUAACCAAGCACUCACCAAGUGAGGAGCCCGUAUGGAAUCCAAUCUUCAGAUGAAUCUGCUGGGGAUCUUACACUACACUAGCUGCUACUUGAAGGGAGACAAGCAACAGCACUGCUUCUUUUCUUCCUCCCUCUACUUGUAAAAAAAAGGAGGGCUAGCACAUCUAACCUGCUGACUGCUCUACGUGCUCAUGCUCUCUUUCUUGAAAGCAACUGAGGAGAUUCCUGCAAUCCUGGUUGUAUGGAGGAUUCUUCAUGCACUAAACUACUGUAGGCUUCCUUCCCUUCUCCCAAUUCCAAGAGCAAAUAUUAUUUCAUUUCUAGUCUGUGGCCCCAUUUUUCCCCUCUGCAGUUUGGCUGUCAGGAGGUUGGCUGUCCUCAUUUUUGAAAGGUCACUCUUGGCACUUGGACUCCUCAAACCUCUCAAAGUGUUUUACUAUUGCUGAGGUGCCACCCCUCUCUUUCUGUGUGUUUGUGUGUUCUGAAAUGAAGGCUGGGUCUUUGUUCAGAUGAUAGUUAUAGUUGGCUCUGAGAGCAGGCUUUGCAGGGCCAAGAGGAUCAACUGGUUGUCCAACUGGUGAGGUAGCUGGAUCUACUUUUUCUGCCUAUUUCAGGUGAGGAUAGUGUUUCUCUCCCUUUUCCACUUCCAUGCCAUUGACUUUAUUUUGUUAGUUUUCCUCUAAAGCCCCUUUUAUCAUGGUCAGACUAGGAUCUGGAAAAUGUGUGCGUUUCAUCCCUGCAUUGUUAGAAGGCAGAAGUUGCUGUAGUUAACUGGGGUUUUUGCUAAUAGCAAGGCCUAGCUGAAAGUCAGGGAGCUUCCUUAGGAGGUAGACCACUUCUGCAGAAGUGGGACAUUAUUGGACUAUUGCAGAGUAAUAUAUAUCCUACCAAUAAACAAUAUCCUUGGGUGUGAAGGCAACAUUUUCAGAGUCUGAGGUAAUUUUUAUUGCUGUGAGGACUAAAAGGUCCCUGCUAUGGAUAAAUAUUUCUGGAAGAAGAGCAUCAUUAGGCAGAUAGAACAGUGGAACAUAGGAUGCAUAGUAGGGAAUAAGAGAAUGGAGCAGUUCUUUGGGACAAUACAGGAUAUGGUGGGUUUCUGCAAAACAGACAUAUUGUGUCUAUAAUGUGCUGACACAUGUGGGAUAUGAGAUGGAGGAUCAUAUAUGUAAUCCUAAAUGCCAAAAGGAAAUCUUUUUUUGUGUGGAGCUGACAGUAUCUCAGGCAGUCCCUUUGAGACUCAACCAUGGUGAAGUAUUGGGUAUGCCUGAUGGGAAUAUAACUGAGAAUGCCUUUUGCUUUGGGGACAUUAGAAACAUAAAUACAAAGCCUGGCUGAAAAUAGAUUCGGAACACUAUGCUUUUGACUUAGUAGAUGAACUAAAUCUCCCCAUUUCUGACUGUAGACAGUUGUACAUGUCAUCAAAGGCAUUUGGUUUUCCAGUGCUAAAAAUAUAUUGCAGGACUAGAUGGAGUCUUACUUUAAGACAUGAAGUGACAUUUUAUAAAUCUUCACAGUAUGCCAGGCACCCACAACAUUUUUGAGUUGCUUGUUUCAUUUGAGAAACAUUUUGUGGAUGCUCACAAAAUGACUGUUGGGGCAAAGAGGAUUUUCUACUGACAGAAUGGCUGCUAUUCUUUGCUCCAGAGUCCAGACUAUUAGAAUACUACCACCAGCAACUACCACCCCUGUUUCUCCAAGCACCCCUAGUUCACUGCUACUUCUACUAAGCUUUGUUCUUUUUCUGGAUAGGUGGCUAUUUCCAGGUGAAGUUUUGAAGUACAGUAUCAUAAAGAUGAUGCUGAAGGUUGGCAUUUUUCUUUAUGCCAGCUUCCCAAUGGUUGUAGUGCAUUAUUUUUUAAUAUGUAAUCUGUGGUGAAACCAGGAGCCUACUAGCUUCUAUGAAAGGAGUCUCUGUGGAAAGAUGGGAGGUCCCAUGAGAAACAUGGCUUAUAAAUUAGAAAAAAGAUAAAACUUCUUCUUUACUUCCUGCUGUUUUUUAAAAUGUCAAAAACAAUGGAGACUUUGGUGUCUGAAAAACAUCAUCAGCAGCCAUUCAGUCAUGUCUGAUCCACGGCCACUCUAUGUCUGUAAAACACAUACUGUAUAAUACUCUCACCAACAAUAGCUUCAAUUAGGCUUCAAAGUUGUUAAUUCAUAGAAGAGGUAAAUAACGUAUUUUUUGGAGUAUACGACGCUCUGGACUAUAAGACGCACCUACCUUUUUUGGUGAGGAAAACAAGAAAAAGAAACCUGCCUCCCAGCAAUUUUGCCUCAUUGUAGCAAACAGCAAAUAACCUGCUUUACUUUCAUUUUCGUUUUCAGUAUAGCUUGAUUAGCACAAGAAAAAAAAAUCUACUCCCAGCAAUUUACCUCCUUGCAGCAAGCAGCAGAGGCCUGCGCAAAACAGCUGAGAACAAAACAGCUGAGAGUCAGGAGGUCGAUCCAAUCAACUUGUGCUAAUUAGGCUGUGCUGAAGCUGAAACGAGCCGUUUCUUCUUGCUGCUUGCUGCAAGGAGGUAAACUGCUGGGAGGCAGAGGGAAAAAGGUGCAUCUUAUACUCUGAAAAAUACGGUAGAUCUGUUCAUCCCAUCCACCUAUAAGCAUUUAAAAACUAGUCAGCUGCUGGGGAAAGGAGGCCUAUGUAAGUAAUAAUUCAGCAGUAAUAACAUAUUACUUCAGAUUUUGUACACUACUCAUACAAUGUUUCUAAUAAUUUCCCUUAUGACUGGUGCAGUAUGAUUUUUUAAAAACUGAUCAAAUGAGGAAUUCCUGUCCCCCUCCCCCAAACUGCACAUACAUAAUUGCACUGGGAUAGAUCAAUUUAUCCUGAUAGUUGUUGCCAAAUCCUCUUCUAAGAUAAUGUAAAGCUUUUAUUUCUGUAUUUAUUAAUUGCCAUUUUAUUGGAAAUAUAAGAAAACCGUGCCUCUGCUGCUGCUGGCCUCCCCACAGAGUCAGAGGACUUGCAAAGAAACUAGUCAUGCCAGGUGCUGAAUGGGUCAGGGGUCAGGUCAGGACUGUUAUAAAGUGAGACCCUGAGGUCUCAGCCAGCCCCAGGUCAUUUUAUGUGCAGUUUAAUAGCUUUUCUACAUUAAAAUUUUUUGUCAUUUUGUUUAUGGCUUUCAAGUUAAAAAUGUAAAGGAUCAUUUGGAAAGUAAAUUAGCUUGAUGAAGCCUGUCUUUCUUCUCCCUUGAAUUAAGAAGAAAAUAGGGUAACUGCAAAUGAUUUUUUCCCCAGGAAGUAUUUGAGCAAAGGUGGGUCUCACAUUGGCAGAUUUAAUAGAUAUAAAAUGAUGUUGACGAACUAUAAAUCAAAAGAUACAAUUUAUGGGAGUGCUAAGAUUUCACUGACAAAGUUCUGUUUCCUGAUGGUUAACUUUAAACUUGUUCUUCAGGAUAAUGUUGAUGGAGUUUGUGUGAAAAAAAAAACCCAUGGAGAAUGUUUUUUCUACAGCUUAUCUUUGGAGAGGGAGAACCCUAACCUUUUAAAUUGAGUUUGGGUUGUAUUAGUCUGAGAGCAGAACGAGGAGGUUUUGUUUAUAAGAAUAGACAAAAGUUCUAUCAUGAAAGUAAUUUCAGAGGAUGUUUUGAAGAAGGGUGAGACAAAGGUAGCAAUUGAUAGGGAAAGUUGAAUAAACGGAAUCCCAGAACUGGUCAAUUUCCUUGUGUCAGCGACACAUUUAUGCUUCCAACUUUCAAAACUGCAUUUGUGUGUGUGUGUUUUGAGAUGAUUUUAUGAGGAAAAUACUUGAUCUAUGUCUGUAAGGGGCACACAAUGCAACAGUUGUGAAGCUUAAUUGGAGAAAUGUCUUUUGUCAGUUUUUAACGAUCUAUUUUCAUUUUAUUUAAUUAGCAAAUAGGUAAUCUUCUUGCAAGGAAAAGUACAGAUUACAUUAGAAGUAAUUAAACCUGGAGAUUUAGGAACUAAAAGUUCUCAUUACUCCAAAAUAUUAUAACUUUGGUGGCAAUCCCACAGAUUUUGGCACAACAUAAGGUCUGGAAUACAGUAGAGGAUAGAGAAUUGAAACUAAGCCACCAAUGCUGUUGAUACUGUUGCUUGCAAUGUCAUCAUAUAACCCCAAAGAAAAAUACUUUUAGGGGGAAAAGUAAAAGAAAAGAAAUAGAUGGAUAGCAAACUAAAAUAUAAAUUCAGAGAGUCUAUGAGAAAAUAUUCAGGGCCAGUGCGAUAUAAUGCUUUUUUUCUACAUAACUGAUUCUUAAGAGACAACUUUCAAAGUGCUCCUUUUUUCAAAUUCUAUCUGGUGCAAAUCACCUACCUAUCAGUUUUUUCCUUCCCUCUUCCCCUGCCACCAUUUUUGUUCUAAAACUUCAGAAAUGUCCAUUUUUUCAUCUAUGAAAAUUCACUUGUUGUAGACAAAUAUUUAAAAGAGUUGUGGCAACAAUGAUGUCAGAAGCAAUCUUGAUAUCCCCAGUGUGUGUGUGUCAUGUAAGACUGUUUGCUCUAGUGGUUAAGGCACAAUGCUAGAAACCAGGAGAGUGUGAGUUCUAGUCCCACCUUAGGCAUGUGACUUUGGGCCAAUCACUCUGGCCCAACCUGCCUUAUAGGAUUGUUUUGGGAAAAUAGGACGAAGGAGUAUUACAUAUAUUUGCCACCUUGAGUUAUUUACAAAAUAAUAAAGGUGGGAUUAAAAAUAAAAUAAAAUAUGUAAAUGUUGAAAACUCCCACAACUCAAAGUCCACAUAUCUUAGACUUGCCAGGGUGAGAUACAGUGUUAAAAGUGUCUAAAAAGCUUUUAUCCCGUUUGGAAAAGAUAUUUCUUCUCAUCCACUUUUUUUCUCUCAAAGUUUUGGCUAGGAAUAAGUCCCUAUGAAAAAUGUAUCUGUGUGCAAGCAGGAUUAUUCCUUUCCAUUUUCUUUGUCUUAGGCAGUUUUCCUGUCUCCCGGCCAUGCUAAUGCUAUACACGCAUUUGUGUGCCCAGCUGUAGGAGACAAAGCAACUUCACCCUGUUUGCCAUUUGGCUAGCAUCCAUCCUCUUGAUGGUCUGGCAUCUUGCAUGGUGGAUAGCCACCUGGAAGGCCUGGUUGGUUUGGCAUCCUUCCUUGAAGGCAAACACAGGAAUACUGAUACUCUGACACAUUGCCAGCAUCCACAACAAUAUUAGAAAUAGUUUCAACACUUAUCCAGCAACUUGGCCUUAAAAUAUGCCCACAUGUUUCAAGGUAGAGCUGCUUAUGGCAGGGAUGUAUGUAAGUGAAAUUAUAGGUAAAGAAUCCCUUUUGCUCAAAACUAUUGACUGCCUUUUAGCACCAUCUCAAAAAAUUGCUCAAUCUUUGCUUGAAAUUCUAUUUCUUUGAGUUGGAAAUAAGAAAACCCAAAAUUUGGUCAGGCCCAAUAGAGUCCUAGUUUGAGCAACAUGUAUUUCUUCAAGCACAUGAGAAUAUGGUGAUCAGCCAUACUUGGAACCUGAUUCCUGGACUAUUGUUAAAAAAAUAAUGUAAUAAAUCACUUUAGAGAGGUUUAAAAGAAUGUAUAAAUUAAUGGUUCAUUAAACGUGGAUUUCCUGCUCUUAAUCUUUAUGUAUUUUAAGACUUUUUAUUAGAAUGAAAUGAAAAUGGAGAAAUUAAUUUCAAAUGUUUCAGUUUAAUUAUAUGUUUCCAUUAAAACACUGAGCAAUUCAGAUGAAAGGAG